AUGGACUCGUCUUCGUCCUCACGCACAAAUUCCCCAACGAGUCCUCUCGAACAAGAACCGAACGACGUGUUCUCGAUAGACGAUGACACCGUCUCUGCAGAGCUGGACUUUGUGGAAGAGAUCGGCAACGGGAAUUGGGGAAGCGUUUGGCUGGUCAGGCCCAAACGUUCACGACCGCAAUGCCAUCAUCCAGCUUUCAAAGUUGGUGGGCGCAAGUUUGCAGUCAAGCUCGUGCACAGAGACCAAAAGUCCCCAGCCAAUGCUUCACGUAUCAAGUCCUUAUGGAACGAGAUGAAGAUUGUGCGGUCGUUCAGAGCAGACCAGCAUCCUUCUAUUAUUGCAUUUCAUUCUUUUGUAGUGAGCGUCAAAUACGCCAUGAUUACCAUGACAUAUCUCCCAACGCCCAUGCCUGUUGAAGUCCAGGAGGUUAAGGCACGGGAAUGGUUCCGCUUCCUCCUCUCCGCGGUUGACUUCCUACAUCGACGCGGUGUGGUCCACAACGAUAUCAAACCGGCCAACAUCCUCCUUUCGCACAAGAACAUCCCUGUCCUUGUCGACUUUGGGUUCGCAGAAAAGAAUGACCCAGAGGAUGAGACCUCGUUCCAUUCCAAUCUCGCCUAUGGAACUCCCGAGUACCUCUCGCCUGAGCGAGCAAGAGGCCUCACCCACGACACGCGCAAGUCAGACGUGUGGUCUCUAGGCGUCACGUUCUUCGAAAUUCUGAAUGGUCGCACGCCGUUUGAAGAAUUUGACGGCGAAUCGCUAUCUACCAAAGAGGCCGUUGAGCGCUACUGGGCGAGGACUCUUCGGGGUAAAUGGGUAGGCACAUGGGAUGUAAGUCCCGGCAUGGAAAAACUGCUUCGCCGCAUGAUAUGCCCCAAUGCCGACUUGAGAUGUACGGCUGCUCAUGCCCUCGCAGACCGGUAUUGGUCUCCUGGACGAGAGGAGUCCAAAAACACCCAUCGCCGCUCUGCGAGUGAAAUCUCAUCUAUUGUGUUCGAGAAAGACCUCGAUAAGCUGCUCAACAUGACCCCUCCUCGCAGUAGGCGAACCGUGGAUGCGAGUGAGAACCCUGUCUCCCCUCCUGGUCUAGCGCUUCCACAAGACCUCGAUUCAUCCACCCGUCGUCACUCUCUCGUCAAGUCCAAGUCUCAACCCAAAGUCACCGCUUCCAACAUCCAACCUCGCAGGAGGCCGGCGCCACCUGUCAUCGACCUCUCGCCAAUUAAGGCUUCACCACCUGCCUCGCCCUAUGCGUCUGCUUCUGCUAAAGAGAACAUGGCGGCAGCUGCUAAUCGCAAUAGAUCAGUGGCGGGUCACAAAGAGAACAAGCAUGGUACUGCAUCAUCCAGGAGGGCAUUUGGUGCCAUCAUCGCUCCUGAUAACAACACUAUCAUGCCGCCGCCUCCAUUGUCAACGCGCAUUCCUAUCAAGACACUAGACGAGAUGACGAGUCGACGACGCUCCGGACUGUUCGACAGCACACGAAGCAGGAGUAACUUGGCACUGUCCAACAAGACCAGCAACAUUAAUUUGAAGGACGGAGAUCGCUCGCUGUCAGGUAGCCUGAGGGCCAACGGCUCGAAUAAUGUCAAGGAUAGAGUACUGGAGUGGGAACGAGAGAAGCAGAGGCUAAGGGAAAUGGAAAGAUUGGAAGAGCUUGAAAGAGAGCGAGACGAACAUUUCGAAAGGGAAAAGGCAAGGCGGAAGGAAAAGAGGGAGAAAAAGGAGGAGGAGAACAAAGAGGACACACUAGCUGCUCCUCCCGUCACCCACAAGAGGUCCAAGAAAGCAAGCGCGGACGCCGAAGGCGAGAAGGAGAACAUGGGUGCUUCGAAGCCAGGUCAGAAGCAGAAAUCGCAUGCCAGUCCACCCACUCUACCGCUGCCCCCUGUUAUGUCGCCGCUCAGCCGAAUGUUGAACACUUUCCCUGCCCCGACCCCAAAUAACACUGUUAUUCAAUCACCUCCAGCGCCUCAACCUGCCAAGCAAUCCAGGCAGAACAUUUUCAAACACAGCAUCAAGGCCUCCAUCGAUAAAACGGUCCAGUUCUGCAAAGCCCCGUCAAUUGGAAGGGCUGCAGGAUCGAAAACAGGCGGAGGAUCUACAUCAGCUACACCAGGACGAGGGUUCUCGUUUGACAUUGUACGAGAAGUGGAGAAAGCAGGGGCGAAGAUUCGCCGUGAGUCAAGAGAUGAGCCUCGCACUUCAAAGCACAGGGAGGAAGUUUCUACACCACUUUCACCCAACAUUGGCUCCGUCGUUUCUCCUAUCACGCCUCUAGGCCCUAUCAAGAAUGCUGCCAUGAUGGAACAGGCUGCGGCUGAGACCCAGAUGGACAGAAUGGCAAUUUGGAUGAAGAAUGUCAAAGAAGUAGUUGAAGAGACUCAGGCCAACUUCGAAGCAAUGGCGCCCCAAGAGUUCUCUCUACCGCCCCUUCCUGUUCCUUUGCCAAGGUCCCAGAGUCGACAGAAUAGGUCCAGCCGCCUUCCCCGUCGUGUCCUUGCUGCAAGCCAGAUCUUCGACGAGAACGGACAGCCAUCCACCGCCGACUCCAGCUUCACUUCCAACAAAGCAAGUAUGACGUCCUCGACCCAGCAUUGUCCACCGCCACCUCCGUCUGCCUAUACCGGCCCCGGCACUCCUCGACGCAUUAGCGGGUCUUCCGGUCCAAGCCAGGAGAUUUCCGUACAUCCUCAUGCUUCAGGUUCUCCCCUGGUCUCCGCUGCCAGUAGCAAUUUCGUCAUCCCAGAAAUUGUGACACCCUCGAAGCAAAAGAGAAGGGCGACUGUGUCCACUCGCUCCCCUGAGCCACUCAUAUCUGCCAAGUUCGCUGACAAUGUGGACUAUUCAGCCUCGACCUCCAACUUGAACAUUGCUGCCUACGUUGCUGCGAAGCGAAACCAGAGCCAGUCGACCCUGACCAAGCUGGGUAUCACACCCCUCGGCCUUGACCCUGACCACAAGAAGAGUUCAGAAACUCUCAUUAAACUAUCCGACGUCGAUCGCAGCCUCUUUGUCCCUUCACCCUUUGUCUCCCAGGACAACCUUCUUGACAACUCGAGCUUCGUCUUCGCUCGUGAGCCAUCAUAUGACGACCUUACCGGGUCUCCUUGCCACGUUGAGGCCUACCCAUCGCGCAACCGCCCGAGCAAAGACGUCUCUUACAUGGACACCCCCAAUCGACUCAAGAUGGAGAACGUGUACGAUCGCUUCCUCAUGACCUCCGGGGUGAAACGAUGCGGGAAGGGGUACCAAUCCGAGAGCUUUGGGCCAACCUCCAACACGCUCGGCCCCUCCACUAACAAACGUGAAAGCUUCCGACCCUUCUCGUCGACGCGCAAACCGAUGCCUCCGCCAGUGUCCAGCGAAGACAUCAUUGAGAAGAUGGAGAACAAGGCCGUGUCGGUGGACGAGCUGGGGAUGAUGACGAAUGUGGAGGGUGAGGCUGGUACCACACCUUUGCAUUCGGUCGGCUCGAAAGACGAAGGAGGCGGAACCGUAGCAAUGGUUCGUCGUGCAUUCAAGGCCAUGGUUCCUGGAAAGGCCGUUGUCUCCAAGCGAACGUCCAAAGUCUACUGA